AUGGUUUUGAUCUCACCCCACGCCAUGCAAGCCACCCGGGCGUCCACCACCGUCAGUGUGUUUGCGGACUGCAGCAUCCCGGCCGGGCUCCGGAUAGGACCGGUACCGGGCAUCUUCAAACUCGGGAAGUACGUGUCGGACCGUAAGGAAGUAGGACCCAAGAAGAAGAUUCGAUUGGUACGGGGAGAGUUCGUGGAUGAGUCCGGCUGUCACGUGCCAGACUGGAUCGGAUUCAUCCGCGCCGCCAGGAACAGCCAAGAGCAAAACCUGGAGGCUGUGUCGGACUUACCCGUCGGACAGAUUUUUUACCGCGUGCUGAGAGAAAUCCCUGCAGGAGAGGAGCUCAGUGUUUGGUACUCCAACGCUCUGGCACAGUUGUACGACAUCCCCACCACGGCCACUCCCACGCACGACGAGAAAGGUGAGGAGCGUUACAUCUGCUGGUACUGCUGGAGAAUAUUCAAAUACCCGAACACACUCAAGGCCCACGUCCACUUCCACUGCGCCCUGAGCAACGGACGGGGGUUUGUGAAUAGCGAGCAGCCCAGAGGCACGGAGACCUUCAGCAGGUCACCAAAGUCUGGAGACAUCCCCAACACCUCCACCUCUCCGAGGGGCGGUCACAGUAACUCCUCCAUCUCAGACUCUGGCAGGCGGGCGGUGUCCUCCUCACCGUUUCUCAACAAAGUGGGACUGUCAAAGAAAAGCAGCUCAGAGGAGCAGGACAGGGCCCUCGACAUGAGCGUUACCUCAGCCAGAAACCAAGGACACAUCCUCGGCCUCGGCGCCACAUCCUCAAUGCUGAGCAGCAUGGGUUUCCACCCCGGUGUGCGCUCUGCCUUCAAGCCGACCGGCGUCUCCAAAGUCACGGGCGCGGACGCUUCCAGAGAGGACGCAAAUGGGAAGCUGGGCGGCCUGGGAUUCGGAAAACUCAUUGGAAACAUGAAACCAAUCCGCAACGUUGGCGAUACUCUAAAUGGAGGAGGGAGCCACCCUCCCAAGUGCACACCUGCAAUUAUGGACUCAUCUUCGAUAGUGCCAUGCACAAACGGUAUCCGAGGUUUCCCGAUGUUGCCUCACAUGGAGGAGACCUCUGCUUUUAAGCACGUAGAGAGUCGGAUGCACUCCGGCCUGUCCCCGUCUCGGUACCCACAGAUGCCCCCUGGACUCCAUUUUGAGAGGUUCUCUCUCCCUCACUUCGACGGUGUUAAGACUUAUAGUGGAGACUGUAACAUCCCACUCAUGCCCUUCACUGUCUAUAACGGGGAGCUUCUGUACAGCUCACCCUACUAUCCGCUGAAAUUCCACUUCAGCAACCUCCUCAAGUACCCGGAGUCCAUGUCCUACUUCGGUGCGCCCUCACUGAACCAAGACCUGGGCUCCAUCACCAACAUCGACCGGGAGAUCGCCAUGCACACGCAACAGCUGUCUGAAAUCGCCGCGGAGAAGAACCGAACGAGGCUGGACUCGAUGCCCACAGGGAGCGCCAGCACCCCCGGGUCUGGCAAACCGAAAAAGGGACAUCUGUGUCUAUACUGUGGCAAGCUGUACUCCAGGAAAUACGGCCUGAAAAUCCACAUGAGGACUCACACAGGUUACAAGCCGCUCAAGUGCAAAGUGUGCUUCAGGCCGUUUGGAGACCCCAGCAACCUGAACAAACACAUCCGGCUCCACGCUGAGGGGAACACCCCCUACAGGUGCGACUUCUGCGGGAAGGUACUGGUGCGGAGGCGGGACCUGGAGAGGCACGUGAAGUCCAGGCAUCCCGGGCAGACCGUCAAGAAACUGGAUGACAAACCGGUCGGCCUGUUCGAGGACGCAGAGCACAAGAGCGACAAUGACAGUGAUGUGGACGUGUGCUUCACCGACGACCAGAGCGACCAAGAGUCGACCAAAAAUAAUGACUGAGAUGUUUUCAUGCCCACAGAAGGACUGCUCAUUGACUUUAAAUUAUGUAGCCUACACAACAAAACGUGUCAUUUAGGCUUGUACUGAAUCUUGAACUGUUUUAUUUAUAUUUUUGAAUUUUAGACAUUGACCCAAGGGCGUCUGAACUGGUCACCAAAUGUCCAAACUUAAUCAUAAUUCGCAGUUGAAAUAUUGC